CUGUUUUAGCGAUUGAUUCUACUUAAUUGUACUGUUUGAUAGUUUUAUUCGAUUUGACCCAUAACCUGGUUUCGAGUGUUUUAAAAAUUUUAGUUACAUAUUUGUGGCUCAAUAAUGUCAGUCAAUGGGAAGAUUUCUUAUUUAAAAACGCUAUUAGAAGAUUUAGAGAAAGAAACCAAUGAAAUUGUUUCCUAUUAUGUAAAGGAGUUCAAUGAGAUUGCAGGUGCUGUGCAGCACCUUUCUGAAGCAGGAGCUUCACUAAACAAUGACACUUAUUAUAAAGUUGCUGGCAUGAUAAAUGAACAAAUUUCAUUUUUGAGACAGAUAAAUAUAGAUAGACUUAAAUUUGAUGAUAAAGAACGACCUUGCAUGACACUCUUGUCUUCAAGUUCCAGUCAAAAUAAAAAUAAUCUAGACCCCAUUAUAAAGAUGAGACCACCUGGUAUCCAUAAUAAAAGUUUUAUUGAAACCAAAUAUAAGAAUGAAGAUGUAUCUUCAAUUGGUACUUUGGCAUUUAUUGAGGAGGAUUCACCUAACAUUUCCCAUACUCUCACAAAGCAAUUGCCUACUUCAGAUGAAAUUAUACAGUCUGUUGAGAACUCACCUCUAAUUGAUUUUUCAUCUGAUUCUUUCCAAAGUGGGACUGAUGCGAUUGAUGUUCAGAUGAAGUCUCACCCAAGUAUAGAAAAAAAUGAAAAAAAUUUAACGAGAGGAAAGCACUAUGAGUCUCAGACUCUCUUAAACCAAUUGCCUACUUCAGAUGAAAUUAUGCAGCCAACUGAGAAGUUGUCCGUAAAUAACUCUCCACCUGAUUCUUGCAAAAGUGUGACUAACAUUCAGAUGAAGUCCCACCCGAGUAUAGAAAAAAAUGAAAAAAAUUCAAGUAGAGGUAGACCAGAAAUUGAAGCAUCAAUAACACAAGGUAGACCAGAAACUGAAGCAUCAAUAACACAAGCAUUAGAGAGCAUUGAUAUAGCUCAAGUAGAAAAUGAAAGUACCACAAAUGCUUGCAUGGCUGUGAUGGGUUAUGAACCUACUGAUGAAGCAUCUAUUUGCCGAUUUUAUGAUCAAUCAAUGGGUGGUUGUUUUAAAGGAAUGCAUUGCACAAAGAAGCAUCAGAUUAUCAACCCAAAUGGCUGGACGAAUGAUAAAAAGGGUGAUGGAUAUUUUUAUUUGCCUUCAAUGUAUAUCCCAAAACCAGGAAUGCUCAUCAACAUCAAGGUUACACAUGUUACAUACCCUACCAUAUUUCAUGGUCUGUUUCACCAUGAUAGACCUACGUAUUUAGAUCAUUUUCAAGAUAUAAGUGAAAUGGCUAAUUAUUUGAAUGAACCAGAAAUUAUGUCAACAUUCAAAAAACUUACACGAGACCCAGUUAUUGGAGAAUUGGUUAUUGCUCCUUUCUCUCGUGAUGGAUUUUAUUAUAGAGCGAAAGUUAUACAGCCAGGGGAAUAUGGAUAUGUCAAGGUGUUAUUCAUUGAUUACGGAAAUUCAGAAGAAGUUUUAAUAUCUGAAUUAUAUCAAUUUUUAUCUGAAUUAGCUGAUAUUCCACCACAGGCUGUAACAUGUACUCUUGCUAAUGUUGUAACUCGUUGUGCCAGGUCUGGUAAAUCUAAUUUACUGUCACAAUUGAUGGAAGAAUUGACAUCAACUCUUUUAUACAAAGUGUUGAAUUGUAGAGUUGUAAGUCACCAGGGGGAGGAACUUCAGGUGGUUGCAUACUUAGAGGGUUUAGAUAUAUCAAUUUAUUUGGAGCAAGAGGGAUUUUUGAAAAGAUUGGAUAAUUCGGAUUCUAAUAUGUGUAUAAAAAAAUAUCUGGGCCAGCCACAUCACAUUCCAGGAUAAUAAUGAAUAAAUAUUAAUUUACAAUAUAAGUCAACUUAUGCAUGUUU